CAGAGUGCGGCAGAUACACACGCGCUUCUGCUGCAGGUGAGAGGCGCGCGCUGGACAGAAGGACCGUCCUCGCGCUGGACUUUUAAUAUCACAUUCCUAGCAUCUCUGCCAGGAUUAUAACUCCGUUGUUGUUCAGUUUUGCAUUUUGCCUUAACGCUGAACGACACAGUGGCACUGCGGAGAUUUUUUUUUUUUUUUUCGUUCUCUGGUGCAAGUGAGAACUAUUAGACGCUGAGUGGACUGGAGAAAUCUUGUGCGCGCGGCACGGCACACGGAGAGGGAAGAUCAUUUGCGGUUCAUAUCCGUAGCAUAAGAAGUUCUGAUAUUUCAGUUUCUAUUCCAUAUAAUGGGAUAUCAUCCAGAGCGGAGAGCUCGUAUCUUGGAAGACUGGAUUUAAAACCUUAUAAAUUGAUUGCGCAACGGAUUGAAUAUCUGGCUUCGCUUCCUUUAAUGAAAAGACCCGGCGAUGUCAAGCCAUGGCAAACAAGGAGUAGUCUCAGCAAGUAAUUUAUGGCAUGUUUAUUUCAAGCUUAAUGUUGAAUGAAUUUGUAAAGACUUUCUGUCAGUGCUGUGCAUAUUUUUUGAGGGAGAGCGAGAUUCUAGUCUGAGAGAGAGGGAAAGACAACAGAUAUGCGCUAUUCUGUCUCGUAACCACAGAGGGGUAUCCGGUUGUGAAAACACAUGCUGUGAGAAAACAAGCGCUUUAACACGAGCGAGAGGAAGGUGAAAAAGCUGUUAAACAAAAUUAACGUACAGUUUUGCUGGGAAACCCGCGACGAGCAAUGAGGACUACAGGCAUUGUGGACUAUUUAAGCUACUGCUUUCUUAUUCUGCAGCUGCUGAGUCAGCCCGCAGCCAAGCAAGUGCUCCGGUACCGCCUGGCUGAGGAGGGUCCUGCCGAUGUCCGUGUGGGCAAUGUAGCCGCGGACCUUGGCAUCACGGCUGGCAUGGAUGUGACUUUCACCUUAGAAUCCGGCUCCGAGUACUUCAAAAUCGAUAACAUGACCGGAGAUCUGAGCACGAACGAGCGGCGGAUAGACCGCGAAAAGCUGCCGCAGUGUCAAAUGAUUUUUGAUGAGAACGAAUGUUUUAUAGAUUUCGAAGUGUCCGUGAUAGGACCCGCGCAGAGCUGGGUUGAUCUCUUCGAGGGGAAAGUGAUUAUUUUAGACAUAAACGACAACACGCCGUCUUUCCCCUCACCUGUUCUGACGCUCUCCGUUGAGGAGAACAGACCCAUUGGCACACUUUAUCUCUUGCCCACGGCCACCGACAGAGAUUUCGGUCGGAAUGGAAUUGAGCGAUACGAGUUGAUUCAGGACAACGGCGAGAGCUCUGUCAGGAGGAUCGGCACUUCCGGCACCGGCAGUGUUGACGCUCACAUGGGCAAGCGGAGGUUUGACGAGGGGGCGAGCCGUAGCAGCGUCUUUGAACUUCAAGUUGCUGACACAACAGACGGCGAGAAGCAGCCGCAGCUAAUUAUCAAAGGAGCGCUGGACAGAGAGCAGCGCGACUCUUAUGAGCUGACUCUGCGAGUUAGAGAUGGGGGCGACCCCCCACGCUCCUCUCAAGCCAUCCUUAGGGUAAUGAUCACUGAUGUAAAUGAUAACACCCCACGCUUUGAAAAGAGCGUCUAUGAGGCAGACCUGCCAGAAAACAGCUCCCCAGGUGCCCCCAUUCUCCAGCUGAAAGCGGGCGACACCGAUGUUGGUGUGAAUGGACAGAUUGAAUAUGUUUUCGGAGCAGCCACAGAGUCGGUGCGACGACUGCUGCGUCUCGACGAGAGCACUGGCUGGCUCAGUGUUUUGCACAGAAUUGACCGCGAAGACGUGAGCCAGCUUCGCUUCACAGUCAUGGCACGUGAUCGUGGCCAGCCCCCUAAGACUGACAAGGCGACAGUGAUCAUCAACAUCAAAGAUGAAAAUGACAACGUCCCCAAUAUCGACAUACGGAAAAUCGGACGCAUUUUUCUCAAAGACGGUGUGGCUAAUGUGGCAGAGGAUGUGAUUGUCGAUACACCCAUCGCUCUGGUCCAAGUGUCAGACCGAGAUAAAGGGCCGAACGGUAUAGUGACAUGCACCGUGGUGGGAGAUGUUCCGUUCCAGCUCAAACCUGCUAGUGAGGUUGAGGGUGAAAUGAAUAAAAAGAAGUACUUUCUCCAUACGUCAGCACCACUUGAUUAUGAAGCAGUGCAGGAGUAUAAUGUGGUCAUUGUUGCUGUUGACUCUGGGAGCCCUAGCCUCUCUAGCAACAAUUCACUGAUCGUCAAAGUGGGGGAUAUGAAUGACAAUUCACCAGUUUUUACCAAAAGCACAGUGGAAGUUUCAUUUCCUGAAAACAAUGCUCCUGGUGAGCGUGUCGUCACAGUAGUGGCCUUAGAUGCAGACAGUGGCAAAAAUGCAGAAAUCUCCUACUCCCUGGACUCCUCUGUGAACGGAAUAUUUUCCAUCGAUGCAGACACAGGUGACAUCCGUGUCAACACCAUACUUGACAGGGAACAGACGGAACGAUAUGAGUUCAAAGUUAUCGCCAAAGACAAAGGCAUGCCUGUUCUGCAGGGCUCGGCCACUGUGGUAGUCCUGGUGGCAGAUAAAAAUGACAACGAGCCAAAGUUCAUGCAGGAUGUGUUCACUUUCUAUAUACAGGAAAACCUGCAACCCAACAGCCCUGUUGGCAUGAUAACGGUCAUGGAUGCCGACAAAGGACCAAAUGCAGACAUGAGUCUAUACAUUGAGCAACAGGAAGAUAUUUUCUCCAUUGACAACAACACAGGUACCAUAUUCUCAAACAUGGCUUUUGACCGUGAGCAAAAAAACACAUAUUCAUUCCGUGUCAAAGCUGUUGAUGGAGGCGAUCCGCCCCGGUCAGCUACAGCCACGGUGUCCCUCUCUGUAAUGGAUGUAAAUGACAAUCCCCCCACUGUCACUUUUCCAAUGAAUAGCUCAUACACGCUGCUUCCUCCUUCAAGCAACAUAAGGACGGUGGUCAGGACUGUCUCAGCUGCUGAUACUGACACAGGUAUUAAUGCUAACCUCAGCUACAGAAUAGUGGGUGGCAAUCCAUUUAAGUUGUUUGAAAUUGAUGCAUGGACUGGGGUUAUCUUGUUAGUUGGCAAACUAGAGCAAAAACAUUUUGGCCUUCAUCGACUAGUUGUGCAAGUGAAUGACAGUGGGGUUCCGUCACAAAGCACCACCACGUUGGUCCACAUCUACGUCAACGAAACGCUUUCCAACUCCACUAUUGUAGAGGCGCAAGUUGCCAAAAGUCUCGGUACGCCACUCAAUGCUGACAUUGCAGGAGACCCCAACUAUGACUUGGGAAAGCAACGACUGAGCAUCGCCAUAGGAGUUGUGUCAGGCAUCAUGACGGUGAUUCUUAUCAUCCUGGUGGUCGUCAUGGCCCGCUACUGCCGUCCCAAGAACAAGAACGGCUAUGAGGCUGGAAAGAAAGAUCAUGAAGACUUCUUCACUCCUCAGCAACAUGAUAAAGGCAAGAAACCCAAGAAAGACAAGAAUAAGAAAAAGUCUAAACAGCUUUUAUAUAGCAGCAUCGUCACCGUUGAGGCAUCCAAGCCAAAUGGGCAGCGCUACGAUGGCGUUAACGAGAAACUGUCGGACAGUCCGGGAAUGGGCCGCUAUCGCUCCGUCAAUGGUGGCCCCGGAAGCCCAGAUCUUGCCCGCCAUUACAAAUCCAGCUCACCCCUGCCAACCGUUCAGCUGCACCCUCAGUCUCCAACGGCAGGAAAAAAGCACCAGGCUGUUCAGGACCUGCCGCCGGCCAACACAUUCGUCGGCACUGGAGAUAACAUAUCCAUCGGAUCAGACCACUGUUCUGAGUACAGUAGCCAAACCAUUAACAAGUACAACAAACAGCCGUUCCGCCGAGUGACCUUCUCGGUGGUGAGCCAGCCACAGGACCCGCACCAGGGCUCGCUGCAGAGCUGCUACGACAGUGGCCUGGAGGAGUCGGAGACGCCCAGCAGCAAGAGCUCGUCCGGCCCCAGACUAGGUGCCCUCCCUCUACCCGAAGACGCCUAUGAGAGGACUACGCCCGAUGGCAGUGUCGGUGAGGCAGAGCAUAUGGAAAAUGACUCUCGGCCCCUGCCUGACGUAGCUAUGACGGGUAAAUGCACGCGGGAGUGUGACGAAUAUGGCCACUCGGAUGCCUGCUGGAUGCCUGUGCGCACCUCGCCUGAACGUAGGCCCAAGGCCACCCCUCCCAAACUCUCCACCUUCAUGACCUCCCCCGGGGGCAGCGUUGCCGAACAGCCUGGCAGCCAGGAGACCCUAGCUGUUGCCAACGGGGACCCCUCACACCUGCUGGGCGACCGUAACCGUAAUCUCCUUAACAAGAAGAUGGCCUCCUCCUCCUCAUCCUACGACACCUUUAGUUCAGCUGGAUUUUCUGCCAGCGAGGAAACAUCUCGCCCCACCGAGGAGAUUCCGCUAGCGCCCACGGGUGAAUACAAGCCGACGCAAUGCGGAACUCUCACCAGGCGGGAAGUUUACCUGUAAUUGACACACAACGACUGCGAAGGGACGAUGACAGUGACUCAGCAUGGUCAGAGAUGCUGUUAGCAAACCAAACCCUUAAACAAAAGCAACAUGGAUUUUCCUCAAACUGCUCGCACAACUAGUGUGUUGCUACUUUCAAACUUAAAUAGCCGUCUGAGUAAAAACUGUGGAAUUACAUGUUGUAAAUGUGUGUGAGAAGGAUGAGGCGGAGGAGGGGGAAGUGGCCGAGGUGGAGAGAAGGGAAUGUUGGUGGAUCAGUGCAACUUUGCUGCUAGCGUAUUGGGCUCGUAGACUUCCCCAAAGUGCUGCCUGGUUUCUGUAGACCUCUUUCUAAACAUGCAUGCAUCAUCUAGCCCCUUAAGAGUGUGUGCCCCUUGAAAUGGACCUGGACUAUACCUUUUUGUGUUUGUUUUUAUAACUGAACGUGAUCCGAUGAGACUGGUUCUGUAUUUUAAUCCGUUUUUA